AUGGCCUUUGCGGUGCCUCCUCCGUACGCUACGUCAGUGCGAGACCGCACAUCCGAAUUUCACACGGCGCUCAACAAGUAUGGGACACAGGCAGCUCCAGCUCCACAGACAAAGCGCCUAACAAGCGCUCACGCGCAGUUCUCCCAACGUGCCCAUGCUGUGGCGCGCGAUUUGACGGCCACCACGGCCAAGCUCGACCGAUUGUCGCAGCUCGCCCGCAGGAAAACCCUGUUUGAUGACCGGCCGGUCGAGAUCUCCGAGCUGACAUACAUUAUCAAGCAUGACAUUGCGGGCCUGAACCGCCAGCUGGCAGAGCUGCAGCAGCUGUCAGGCCACGCGCAGAGAGGCAGUAAAAAUCGGGCUGACGAGCAUCGCAGCAAUGUAGUAACCAUGCUGCAGUCGACAUUGGCCACGACAACGACCAGCUUCCAGGAGAUCUUGGAGGUGCGUACCCAAAAUAUGAAGGCAUCGAAGGACCGCUCGGAGCAGUUUUUCCAGGGCGCGGCGCCUGUGCUCUCCGAGCAGCGCUCGAAAUCGCCGCUCUACACGUUAGCGCGCGCACCUCAUGGUGAAGCGAACCCAGGCCUUGGUGCCGCCAGCCGGCCUGCGGCCUCCUUGUCAGCACCGUCUGCGUCUGCACUUACGCACCGACACCCCUCCAGCGCGCAGAUCCUGCCGGACGAAGAGUCGCGCAGUACAGACAAAGGCUUCUUAGCGCUUGAUAUGAUGGAGACAGGUGCGAUGCAGCAGCAGCAAUUGAUGCUCAACGAGUUUGAGGACCAGCAGUCAAGCUACUUGCAGCAGCGCUCGAAUGCGAUCGAGUCGAUUGAAUCAACUAUCUCUGAACUAGGGCAGAUUUUCGGGCAGCUCGCACAUAUGGUGGCACAGCAGGGAGAGAUGGUGCAGCGCAUCGACGACGAUGUACUGCAAGUCUCCGACAACGUUGAAGGGGCACGGCGAGAGUUGCUGAAGUACUAUGCGACGAUCUCCAACAACCGGUGGCUUAUGUUAAAGAUUUUUGGCGUCCUUAUCAUUUUCUUCCUACGCGAGGGCAUUCCACCCAACGUCUCACAUGCCGUGUCCGUCUCGUUGCCUCGAUGGCAAGAUAUUGUGGACUACGAAGAAGGCCGCCUCACCGACGCGAUGCAGACGGGCUACCCGCGCUUCUUCAUUCAUCGCUCGAUUCAGAAGCUUGCCAAGAUGAUGCGUGACAAGUUUGCCCGGCCCGACGAAGACUGCAUGCUGUUCCCGUCGGGCACGAACGCGUCACAGUGCCGCGACUUUAUUCGCGGUAUGGAAGCGCGACGCGUGCCAGCGUCGCCUCUUCCUCCGGUGCGCAUCGUGCGCUUUAGUCUCAUGGCGCAAAAGUCGCAGGACAGCCUGUCUGAUUGCGUGUGCAUGCACAGUGACUCGUGUAUCCGCCUUUACAUCGUGCUAUUUCCUGCGCAGGUCAUGGGCAUUGCCAAGCAGUUUUGGCAGCACACAGGCGUGGGCAUCUCAAGCCGCAUGGCCGAAGAGUGUCUCCGCAUUUUAAUGCACAACGAGUCGUUGCUCAUGCCCCGUGGCGAUCUGGGCGCCAAAGCGCAUAUGACCAGUGGGCGCCGCGGAUCCCACAAUCCCAACGGUGCCAGCGGCGUUUCCGCACGUGGUGGUGGCUUUGGGCGCGGCCGGUACUCGCGAGGUGUAGACAACCUGUGGGCAAGUGAUUCCGCCAGCUCUAGCACCGUCCAGCCUGACGCAGCGAGUGCAUCAAUGACAGCCCCCGACGAUGAGGAGCUUACGAUCGAACAGUCUGUGUAUGUGGAAGAGCGGUUUGGGCGUAACCUACCCUUUGAGCUAGCUAAAGACGCCCGCAUUGCGCUACGUCGGCGAAUCGCCGGCACGCUCGUCGGUGACAUGGCGGACGAGCCCGCAGACCAUGCAGUCAGUGCUCGCCAGGUGAAAGGCAUUACGGAAGAGGAUGUGUACCUGUUCCCAUGCGGCAUGUCCAGCAUUUUUCAUGCGCACUUGACGAUCAUGCAAGAGCGUGCAUGUCUCCAGCGCGGUGAGCCGCUGACCCCUGCCUCUUGUGCCAAAGCCAUUGGCAGCAUGAAAGACCCCUCAUUCAUGUACGGUCCCUACACAAUCGGCAAGUCGGUGUGUUUUGGUUUCCCUUACACCGACACCCUGAAGGUGUUGCAGAAAUGGGGCCCAGGCUGUCACUUUUUCGGGCAUGGAACGGACGCAGAUCUUAACCAACUGGAAGAGCUGCUCGCCUCGCAGCCGGCCAACGAACCGCGCAUACAUGCCCUGUUUUGUGAGUUUCCCAGCAAUCCUUUGUUGCGGUCGCCUGACCUGGCCCGCAUUCGUCGCCUGGCAGACCAGUACGACUUUUGCGUGGUCAUCGACGAGACUGUGGGCAAUUUCGUUAAUGUGGAAGUGUUACCCUAUGCCGACAUCGUGGUAUCCAGUCUCACUAAAGUAUUUUCGGGGGAAUGCAACGUCAUGGGUGGCUCGCUCGUGUUGAAUCCAAUGGGCCGGCACGCCGACUCCUUGCGCGCUGUUUUGUCUGCCAACUACGCGGACACGCAAUGGGUGGAAGAUGCCAUUUUCCUAGAGCGCAACUCGCGCGAGUUUGUGGCGCGCAUCGCUCAAAUUGACCAUAACGCUGAAACGGUUUCGGACUUUUGUCAUAACAAGAGUCGCGCAGCAGGGUGCGACGACAGCAUGAUACAGGCGGUAUACUACCCCAAGUAUAUCACGCGGGAGCACUACGAUGCGUGCCGGCGGAAGCAGCCAUACACCUCGAUUGGCACGGCGGCGCGGCAGGGUGGCUAUGGUGGUCUGUUAUCCCUGGAGUUCACAACACGCGAAGCUGCACAAGUCUUCUAUGACAGUCUGACGUGUGCCAAAGGCCCCUCGCUCGGCACCAACUGCACACUUGCGUGUCCAUACACCCUGCUUGCACACUACGCCGAGCUGGACUGGGCGGCCGGGAUGGACGUGAGCAGCAAUCUCGUGCGAGUCAGUGUGGGUGUCGAAAAUACCCAGGCGCUCUUGGCUGACUUUGCCUCGGCGCUAGCAGCGGCGGAGGCCACACGCUGA